ACCUUGAAAAGUCAUAUUGUGUCACCUUGGUUUGACAAACACCACAUAAAAUUCGUAGCUCAGUGAAUUUCUGUUCUCACAUUUAAGGCACUAAUUUCCAGUGUCCCGGGUCGACGAACACCAUUCCAGCUACAAACUAUCACUGCCCAAAAACGGUUUUAGUCUAAUUUUCGCAAAGCGGUGCAACUGAUUUUCCAUUUUGAAUAUCAAAAUCCGAUCGAUUUUCGGAAACUACCAGCGGACACUUGUGUAACAUUAACGUUGAAUACAGUGGUGGUCUUUUGCCAUGGAUCCACAAGGAAAACAGAGAUUUAUUGAGAGAGGAGCGCACAAAGGUAAAGGCAUUGCCGUCUUUACCAGCGGUGGUGAUUCCCAGGGUAUGAAUGCAGCCGUUAGAGCUGUGGUUCGUAUGGGAAUUUAUCUCGGAUGCAAGGUCUACUUCAUACGCGAAGGAUACCAGGGAAUGGUCGAUGGUGGCGACAAUAUUGAAGAUGCGAAUUGGUCAUCCGUGUCGAGUAUCAUUCAUCGAGGCGGUACUGUUAUCGGAUCGGCAAGAUGUAGUGAUUUUCGUGAAAGGGCCGGUCGAGUAAAGGCCGCUUUCAAUUUGGUGUCGAAAGGGAUCACCAAUCUGGUUGUCAUUGGUGGUGAUGGUUCGUUAACCGGCGCUAACUUGUUCCGUCAAGAAUGGGCUAGCCUGUUGGACGAACUGCUAUCGACCGGAAAAAUCACCGCCGACCAGAGACAAAAGUUCGGCGUAUUGCAUAUUGCCGGCAUGGUCGGUUCGAUUGACAAUGACUUUUGCGGAACUGAUAUGACCAUCGGUACGGAUUCGGCUUUGCAUCGAAUCAUUGAAGCCAUUGAUGCUAUUGUGAGCACGGCGUACUCGCAUCAGCGCACAUUCAUCAUGGAAGUGAUGGGUCGUCAUUGUGGCUAUUUAUCGGUUGUAAGUGGCGUUAUAUCGGAGGCUGACUAUAUUUUUAUACCUGAAUCGCCUCCACCGAAUGAUUGGCCACAGAGACUCUGUAAUAAGUUGAAUCAGGAACGAAAUGCCGGUCAACGUUUAAAUAUCAUCAUCGUGGCUGAGGGUGCCAUCGAUCGUGAUGGCAAUCCAAUCACGGCUGAAUUGGUUCGCAAAACGGUCGUCGAACAGUUGAAUCAGGAUACUCGGAUCACUGUGUUGGGUCAUGUCCAGAGAGGAGGCAAUCCCAGUGCGUUUGAUCGAGUUUUGGGUUGCCGAAUGGGAGCUGAAGCCGUCAUGGCAUUGAUGGAAGCUAAAGAAGACACAAUUCCAUGUGUAGUGUCCCUUGAUGGUAAUCAGGCUAUCCGUGUUCCAUUGAUGGAAUGCGUUGAGCGAACACAGGCUGUUGCAAAAGCAAUGGCUGAAAAGAAUUGGGAUUUAGCAGUACAAUUGCGCGGACGAUCCUUUGCACGUAAUUUGGAAACUUACAAAAUGUUGACCCGCUUGAAGCCCCCAAAGGAAUCAUUCGACGCAGAAGGAAGACCGGUGGAAGGAUUCACGUUGGCUGUUAUGCACAUUGGAGCACCAGCUUGUGGAAUGAAUGCGGCCGUUCGUUCAUUUGUACGUAAUUGUAUUUAUCGUGGCGACACCGUUUUGGGUAUUCAUGACGGUGUUGAAGGUCUAAUUGCUGGCAAUAUCAAGAAAAUGGAAUGGUCGGAUGUAACUGGUUGGGUUGGACAGGGUGGCGCUUUCUUGGGUACGAAACGUACUCUGCCCGAAGGAAAGUUUGCGAAAAUAGCAGCAAAACUAAAUGAAUUCAAAAUUCAAGGUCUUCUAAUCAUUGGAGGAUUUGAGGCAUAUCAUGCAUGUGGACAGUUGGCAGACCAACGUUCCAAUUUCCCCGAAUUUUGUAUCCCACUAGUCGUUAUCCCGUCCACAAUCUCGAAUAAUGUUCCUGGCACAGAAUUUUCCUUGGGAUGUGACACUGGAUUGAAUGAGAUCACCGAAAUUUGUGAUCGUAUCCGACAAUCUGCCCAGGGCACGAAACGCCGUGUGUUCGUUAUCGAAACGAUGGGUGGAUAUUGUGGUUAUUUGGCAACCGUUGCCGGAUUAGCAGGUGGUUCCGAUGCCGCAUACAUCUAUGAGGAGAAAUUCUCUAUCAAAGAUCUGCAACAGGACGUCUACCAUAUGGCAUCGAAGAUGGCCGAAGGUGUUCAACGAGGUCUCAUUUUACGGAAUGAAAAGGCAUCCGACAACUACAACACCGAAUUCAUUUACCGUUUGUACUCGGAAGAGGGAAAAGGUCUCUUUUCGACCAGAAUGAACGUGUUGGGUCACAUGCAGCAAGGCGGUUCACCGACACCGUUCGAUCGGAAUAUGGGCACAAAAAUGGCCGCUAAAUGCGUCGAAUGGAUGGUCGACCAGAUCAAAGCGAAUAAGCAACCGGACGGUUCGAUUCGAGCUAAUGGACCCGAAUCCGCAUGCUUGUUGGGAUUGGUGCGACGUCAAUAUUCGUUCACACCCGUCAGAGAUCUCAUUGCCGAAACUAAUUUCGAUCAACGUAUACCAAAGCAUCAAUGGUGGUUGAAAUUGCGUCCAUUGCUUCGCAUCCUGGCCAAACAUGACUCGACCUAUGAGGAGGAGGGUAUGUACAUUACGGUCGAAGAGGAAAUGGAGAGUGAUGCAGCUGUUCUCUAAAUAUGACAUUGAUGGACGGCUGGAUCUGCGUGCAUCAACAGGUGCCAUGGUUUUUAUUGUUGGGCAUUGAUUUGUUUUUAAUUAAAUUUUUUUAGUCAAUUUUAUCAGUAAAUUAUGUUUAUCCCAUAACUGUAACCACCAAGCUAUGGCAUUGAAUUUAGCAUCAAUGUGACACGAUCUAUUAAGUAAUGUCUGAGUAGAACUGAUUUGUGAACGAUGAAAUUGAAAGUAGUAAAAUGAUGUCAUCUUCGCCAGUUACACGCCGUACGGCUGUGUAAAAUACAAAGAAUUUAAAUUUAUUUUUUAGUUGGAUUUUUUGUUUAGUUAAAAUUCUGAUUUUCUCGCGUUAAAUAUGAUUUUUUCGAAGUAUUAUUUUCCGAUUUCAAUUUUAUUUUUUUAUAGAAAAGAGACACUUUUAUUGUUAAUAUUGCUAGUAAUCGAACGAAAUGUUGCAAAAAAUAUAUUUAAACAAAGUGUUAAAUUAUU